UGAAAUAAGAGAAUUUCUGACACUGGGAUCUCUGAUAAAGUCUAGAGAUUGAUCACCAAUCGUACUAUAAGAUGUAGUACUACAUCACCGACGAAUGCUCUCCCGAGUUUCUAAUGGUCCUAAAGAAAACAUUGAAGAUUCCAAUCACGUGUCCAUUGCUUUAUGAAGUUUUUACAUCCUUUCUAUCUCUAAGCGUAUCUUUGCUUAGCCUUAGACAUCUCAACGAUAAUGCAUUUAAAUGUUAAAUCAUACGGAAAGGGCCGACUAAUAUAAUAGGCUUAGUCAAUGGAAUAACGGGAAAAAGACGCUUUAGGAUCUAACACCGCGGCUUUAUCUCUUCAGCCAGAAAUUAGCUUUGGACAUUCAACAGUGAGGGAGAAUCAACGGCUGAUUUAUGAAAAACUUGAAUUUUCAUAUUGGAAACAAUGAAUGUGAGUAGAAAUGACACAAUACAAUCGGCACCUCAGAUCUCAACAUUUUUACAAUCGCUCUUCAUCGUGAUGUAUUCGUUUAUUAUAGUGAUUGCAGUUGGGGGAAACAGUGUCGUGUGUUAUUUGGUGUAUGCUUAUAAGCGGAUGAGGACGGUGCCAAACUACUUCAUCGUCAAUUUAGCCUUAAGUGAUAUUAUAAUGGCGAUUUUCUGCAUUCCCUUCACGUUUGUGGCCAAUCUAAUGCUUAAUUAUUGGCCAUUCGGAGAGUUAAUGUGUCCAACAGUAUGUUACCUUCAGAUUGUCUCUGUAUUUGUGAGUGCUUACACACUUAUGGCAAUGAGCGUAGACCGAUAUAUAGUGAUUGUACAUCCGUUUAAGAAGAGAAUAACUACAGGCUAUACCUUAUUUAUCAUUAUUAUCAUUUGGAUUUUAUCUCUUUCUAUCCCUAUCCCCACAUUGUUCAAUGCCCGGAUCGAGUAUUAUUCGAACACGAGUGGACAGUGCCUAGAGAUUUGGGAGGGGAACGAGAGAGGGCGGUACGCUUACAGCGUGGGGAUCAUGGUCCUACAUUAUUUUGCCCCGAUGGUGGUCAUGAUGUUUUGUUACACGACAAUCAGAUAUCAUAUAUGGCUAAAACAUAAUCAGAAAGACGACCAGAACAAGAGGCGGCUACAACUGGCGUCGGCCAAACAAAAAAUGAUUCGUAUGAUGGUGACUGUGGUGAUAUUUUACGCCCUCUGUUGGCUGCCUUUCCACGUGAUCACGCUCGCCGGAGACCAGGAUCCUGAAAUCUAUAACCAGAGCUUUAUGCCCGUUCUCUGGGUUUUCUUCCACUGGUUGGCCAUGAGUAACAGCUGUUACAACCCAAUCAUUUACAUCUGGAUGAGCCCAAAAUUUAGAGCAGGGCUUCAUUUAGCAUUCCAUAAAUGUUGUCAACGAAGACAUUCAAAAUGUGAAUCUGAUGAGCAACUAGACGAAAAGGGUGUAAACAAUAAAGUUGUGUUACGUAUUGAAAUUCAAUCAGCACAAAAAGUAAAUAAAAAGUCCGAAGACUGUAGGUAUUUAUCGCAUAAAGAACAACUUUUAUCUGAUAGUUAUGUUUUACCUGGAAAGAUACACAGCGACACUUGA